AUGGGUAAAGAUGCAUUUACCGUGAAGCUGGCAGAUUUUGGCUUAAGUAUAUUGGCAACCAACUCUUCUUCCGCCAGUGAAUACCCAGUCAGCGGCGCGUUCAGAUGGAAAGCUCCCGAGUGUUUGCUCGGGUCUCCGCCAACAUUCGCAUCGGAUAGCUAUUCCUUUGGCAUGUGCAUCAUUGAAGCAGUCACGGGGGAGUACCCGUGGCGUAACUCUGUGGGCGACGACGUGGUGAAGUGCAAUGUGACUGAGAAGCGGCAGCUCCCAAGGCGCCCCGCAGCUUUUCUGGGUGUGGAAUGGGAACUUAUCGAGCGCAUGUGCUGCUUCAACCCCGGCGAAAGGAUCGGCGCGCUCGCUGUCAUUCAAAGCAUGAAGCGAAUUCAGCAGUGGUUCUCGCUUGGAUAUCUGGUCGAGGGAGGCGGUGAGUGCAGUUUGGGUAGCGUUCGACGGUGUAAAGAUUUGCAGCAAGGGAGGCUGAACGGGCUGUAA